AUAAGUGUGCAUUUUAUUAUAUGGGCGUAUGUGUAUGAGUAAAAAUAGGAAAUAGAGGCAUAAAUCCCAAGUUCAGCCAACAAAAAAUAUAAAAAGAAAAAUUAAUGAAAAAUACGCCAUGUAAUCUCAAUAAUGAGCAAAAGAAAUAAGAAAAUCUUGAAGAAAUCAUGUGAAAAAUGCAAAAAUAAUUUGCGACAGCCCAAAACUAAAACGAUGACACUUCUCUGGCUCUUCCAAAUCAAACUUAUGCACUAAAUUAAUGAUAUAAUAAUAAAUAUAAAGAAAAGAGUAAAAAAGAAAAACAUAAAAAUAAACCACACACAUAAAUUGUUGACAUCAUGGAGAACUCCCCUCCUUCCUCGUUGGAGCGUCAAAUUGAUAGCUUCUUGGAGCACUUCAAACGUAGUGCCUCAAAAGCUAUGGAAGCCGACUGGUGCAGUAUUGGCGGUAGUGGUAGCGGCAUUGGAAAUGUUAAUGGUGCCAAUUCGGUCAACACGGCGCCAGUUACUGAAAAUGUGAUGUCACAACAAAAUUCGGGACCAUCCAAAUAUGUGCUGAUGGCCCAAGACAGCAGACAGCAAUUGUUACAAAGGACCAAGAGUCGUUCAAGUUGUUUGGAAUUGAAUAAUAUGGAUAAUGAUGGUGACUCCAUAGCGAUUGGAUCUCAGGCAACAGCAACAGCAGUUGUUAUGACAUCGACACAGCAGCAGCAACGACACUCAAAUCCCCAACUUCAGCAGAUCAUCAACCAUCAGAUGUUAGAAUCACAAUGUUCCACAACUAGUAACACCUCCAUACAGACCGUGCUCCAGCAAUCUGUCAUCCACAACAAUAACUGCAGUAAUAGUGGCCCGGCUGGAGGAGGCAGUGCAUCGGCAACCACAACUCCCAAACAUAACGGUGGCGCAGCGGUGUCUAUGCUACAGCAACAAUCCGUCAUCAGCACCAAUUCCAAUUCGUCCAUAAACUCCCAGACCAUCUCCUAUGCCGCUGAGGCAUUGCCAGGCAUUUUGCGUCACGUCUCCGGCAGUGUGAAUUCUCUGCUGGAACACAUUGCCCCGGCCACCAUGAGCAGUGAGGGUGUCUUGAAUAUAGGAGAUGUUGCGGAUCUAUUACAUCCACAACAUGCCAUUAUAACAGGUGGUCGUUCCCAGGAGGGUUGUCCUCUUAUCAUAUUUCCCGAUAAUAAUAAUUUUAAUACUUUGGAGGAGGUUGAUUAUCAGAAGCUUAUUUUGUAUUUAACAUCAGUGCCAUCACUACAAGAUGCCGAUUUGGGCUUUCAUUUGAUUAUAGAUCGUCGAAAGGAUAAAUGGAAUUCGGUGAAAACAGUACUACAAAGAAUAUCAAUCUAUUUUCCCGGCAUUAUUCAUGUGGUCUAUGUUUUAAGGCCAUCUGGUCUCUUUCAAAAGGCCAUCUCAGAAGUUAGUACGAAAUUUUCCAAAGAUGAAUAUCGUUUUCGUUUAGUCAUAUGUUCGGCAUUAAGUGAUCUCCACGAGUACAUAGAACAGUCACAAUUGACGACAGACAUGGGUGGUAGCUUAAUAUACUCCCAUCAUGAAUGGAUACAACAAAGAAUAUCCCUGGAAAAGUUUUCUAGCCUAACCCAUCAAGUUUCUGCCGAAUUGGAUAUAUUUAUACAAGCCAUACAUGAUACAGAAUUUCCCAACUCAGUAGAGGCGACACAAAAGCUUUUGGACGAUCAAGGGGCGGAUUAUCAAAGAUUGAAGGAUGAAAUCUUGGCAGCAGCCAAACAUGGUGAAACUUUGCUCAAUAACAUUAAAUCGAAUGAGGAAAUCAAAGAGUUCUCUGAGCGCACUGGCAAUGUUAGCUCCAUCGAACGAUCCAGUGCAGGGCAGAUGGCAACAACACACCCCCCGCAACAACAACCACAACAACUAAUCAAACGUCAUCAAAUUAUUUAUCACCAACAAUACAAAUUGAAAAAACCUCAAUACUAUGAUGAUUGUCGGGAUUAUCGCAGACUGCUGGUACAGCUGGAGGAGACCGAAAGACGCUUCGAUGAGUUUUGGCGCACUCACAGCAAUCGUUUGCAGCAAUGUCUGGAGCUAAGGAAAUUCGAACAGAGUUUCAGAGAAUUGCAAAUUUGCUUUGACAGCCAUAUGAGUUCGGUCUCCGAGAUGACCGAAAUCGGUGAGAGUGUUGUGCGUGUCGAUGGCCUCAUUGCUGAAACCAAAGAAUUUCAAAGUCUCUGCGCCCUUGAUAUUGAUAAGGCAGCCGAGGUUAUUGCCGCUGGGCAACAGCUUAUAGGCUCACGUGGUGUUUAUCCCUGGGAAAUUGUUCAGCCCAAAUGUGAUGAAUUGCAGCGGGUGUGUGACAUUAUCACUGAGCGUCUGCAAAAACGUUUGGAGAUUUUAAAUAAGAAUCGUGAACUUAUGGAGAGAGUUGAAAAGGCUAACGAAUGGUGUGCAAAUGGCGUUGAACUACUCACCUCCCAGCGCAUUGAGAAAUGCUCAUCUUCUCACGAAUUGGCCGAACAGAGUCUCCAUGAAAUACAGGCUUUUAUAGCCUCAGCAUCGGAAUUUAAAUUGUCUAGUCCUAGUGAAUUCAAAAAGAUCUUUUUAGAAAGCACUACACCAGAAACCAAAGCUUUAGUAUCGCAGGUUCUGCAAAGAAUUGACGAUGUCUCAUUGAUGUGUGAUAAACGUAUUGCCAGUUUGAAGAAAUUGGCCCUAAAACCACCGCGCCCGGUACAGACGGUAACACCAGAACCAGCUGUGCCACUGCAACCUCCUGGCGGGGCUCCGCAUCUCUUAAGGCGUAAAAAUAAGACUGAUGUUAUCCAUGAACUACGACCCCGAUCUAUGGACUGUGCCGUGGAUUCGGGCGUUUCAUUGAACGGUGACAAUGGUUGUAGUUCCGAUGCUGGUGAAAGUCAGCAGGACAUGGAAGCCAGACGUUUGAAACGUGGCCAUGUACUCAGCGAACUCUUGGAAACGGAGCGUAUCUAUGUCAGUGAAAUGAGUUCAAUAUUAAAGGGUUAUUGUGAUCAAAUGCAUUCGGAAGAGAUGAUCCAUUUGGUACCGGCCAGUCUGCAGGGCAAAGAAGAUAUCCUUUUUGGCAAUCUUCAUGAGCUCUAUACAUUUCACAAUGAUGUUUUUCUCAAGGAUUUAGAGAAUUGUAUAUCCACCACGGAACUGGUGGCAUUAUGUUUUGUACAAAGGCGUGAUACUUUCUAUCGUUUAUACUCGUUUUACUGCCAAAAUAUACCGCGUUCCGAUCGUUUGCGUGAAACGCUCGUCGAUACCCAUCUCUUCCUGCAAGAAUGCCAAAAACGUUUGGGUCACAAAUUACCCCUCGCCGCGUAUCUCUUAAAGCCCGUUCAGCGUAUAACCAAAUACCAGCUGUUACUUAAGGAUUUGUUGCGUUUCAGCGACAAUGGCAGUUGUACCAAAGAAUUACAAAAGGCUUUGGACUGUAUGCUCAUUGUGCUGAAGUGUGUCAAUGAUUCAAUGCAUCAAGUAGCUAUAACGGGUUUUCCGACCGAUUUAUCUCAACAAGGCGAGUUAUUGUUGCAAGAUUCAUUUCAAGUUUGGUCUGAGUCGAAAAAGGACAUACGUCUGCGCAUAAAACCCCAACAAAGACAUAUAUUUUUAUAUCAAAAAUCUAUGCUAUUUUGUAAGCAAACUUCGAAACCGGGCCACAAUAAGAGCACCUAUCAGUUCAAGCAUUAUCUAAAGAUGUCUCAAAUCGGUCUAACCGAAUCCGUGCGCGGUGACACAAAACGUUUUGAAGUUUGGUUACAGGGUCGCCAGGAGGUACACACCCUGCAGGCGCCCACACUCGACAUCAAAAACAAAUGGGUGGCGGAAAUCAAAAAGGUACUACUCACCCAACUGGAGGAAUUGAAGGGGGAAAAAAUCAAACAAUAUGGUCUUAACCAUCGGGGUCUGCGACAAACCACCUCAUGGGAUACACCCAAUAUACUGUAUGGCCCCUCAGGGCGAACCAUAAGUUGUGAUGCCUCUUCGGAAUCGUCAAAUCGCAAUUCGAAUUGUAGUAGCAGUGAUGAUAACUGUACCACAAUUGGAGGUUUGCCUUUAAGUUCGAAUGGCUCCCUGAUAUCGGGCAUAACCAUUAACUCAACAGCAUCAACGACGGGGACAGAUAAGGAACACAAUGAGGCAUGUGGUUGGAGUUCGGAUUAUUCAAAUAGUGAGGAUGAAAUGUCAACGGCAGAUGAUAAUAGCAGUACACCGGGGAGCAAAUAUGUAGCCUUAGCCGAUUAUGUGGCCGUGGGUCAUUCCGAGGUAUCGAUGCGUGAAGGCGACACAGUUGAAUUGCUUAAGGUGGGCUGCGCCGGUUGGUGGUAUGUGCGAAUCUUAGAUACCAAUGCAGAAGGUUGGACCCCAGCCGCGUACCUGGAAUCGAUCAAUCGAAAAUCUUCUCGAUCAUCUAGUCGGAAUCAAGAACGCCUAAAUCUACAACAAAAAGUGAACGAAUAGGGAGAGACAACAAACUCCAAACCAGUUGAAAACGAGAAAGCAACCAAACAAACAACACCAAACCAAAAAAUCAAAACAACAAAAUAAAAUUUAAUAAUAAUUAUGUGGAUUGUGAGAAAGCAUAAUCGUAUAAAUUAUUAAACUAUUUAAAACUUAAAACUAUUAACUCUAUUGUCUAUACAAUAUAACCAUUAAACUAUCCACACAUACAUACAAACCUAUAAAAGUUCAAUUGCAAACAUGCCUCUAUACAUUUGCGAUAUGACUACUUGCACGCAUGCGCUUUAAAUGGGAUUUCAUUUUUGUUCAUUGGGAAACGAAACAAUGAUAUUGGGCACCAAAAUCUCUUAUUCUAUGAACUUCUAGGCCUUGUCUUAACUAAAUGUAUUUACCCUCUUUUGGAAAUCUCUUGGUGGUAAGAAACCCUUAUUUAAUAUGUCGAACAAAACAGCUAAAAUUCUUAAUAAGAAGUUUUUUUAAGUGAAGAACGGCCAAAAAAGAUGGAAUAUUAUGGAAUAAUAUGAAUAUUAAAAAGUUUGAAUCUCUCUAAACCCCAUAAAGAUUUCUCAA